AUGGACAUAUGUGAGCUCUACAACUUCACUUUCACGGGUAAAGGUAAGAAUGGCUUAGAACCAUUCGGGGUAUUCAGUUUGUUUCAAGCUGCACUUGUGAUUAUCGUGAAUCUCUUUGCUCUCACCGUCCUUAGUCUCACAGAUCCUUUUGAAGUUCGUCUUGACGGUGGAUCUAAUAACACUGAAGGAAGAAUAGAGGUCUUGUACAACGGAUCCUGGGGGACUAUAUGUGAUGAUAACUGGCACCUGUUAGACGCCGGAGUGGUUUGCAGGAUGCUGGGGUUUGAUGGAGCCGUUGGUGCACCGGAAUAUUCUAGGACAGGACAGGGAUCUGGUCGCGUUCUCCUGACCAAUGUCUGGUGCCUUGCAACUACAACCACCUUGGCACGCUGCUAUCACGGGGAGAUUGGAGAUACGAGUGGCUGCAUUCAUGAAAGAGAUGCAGGGGCUAUUUGUUACUCAGGAGAUCCCUUUGAAGUUCGUCUCGUUGAUGGAUCUAACAAUACUGAAGGAAGAGUUGAGGUCUUGUAUAAUGGAUCGUGGGGUACUAUCUGUGAUGGCUUCUGGGAUCUUAGAGACGCCUGGGUGGUUUGUAAGAUGCUUGGCUUUGAUGGAGCCUUGGAGGCGCCACGAUCGGCUAGGUUUGGUCAGGGUCCUGGACGGAUUGUUCUAACCCGGGUCGAGUGUUACGGAACUGAGGACAACCUCAAAGACUGUGUUCAUGGAGGUGUCGGGAAUUGGAGUGGCUGCGGUCAUAAAAGGGAUGCAGGUGCCAUUUGUUAUUCAGGAGAGCACCCAAGUCCACUUCAAGUUCGUCUUGUCAAUGGAUCUAACCAUGCCGAAGGCAGAGUAGAGGUAAUGUAUAACGGAUCCUGGGGAACGGUAUGCGAUAUGAAAUGGGAUCUGAGAGACGCUAGUGUGAUUUGUAAGAUGCUGGGGUACGAUGGAGCCUUGGACGCACCGAAAUCUGCUUGGUUUGGUCAAGGUUCUGGCCGCAUUCUUUUAACCUUGGUCGACUGCGAUGGAACGGAAGACAACCUAGCAGACUGCAUUCAUCAAGGGGAUUGGAGAUUGGGUUAUAUGCGGCCAUAG